AUGCUCUCAUAUCGAGAAUACUUCUUACGUCCUCCAACCAACAAGAAGGCCAGCGAAUCGACCGACACCAUGCUCGCCGUGGUGCCCAACGGCCUGUUUUCAGACCUGAAGGACACACAUCAGCACUAUGCCGACACCUUCGGAUCCGUGGGCUACAUACUGCCCGUAGCCUACUCCUCCCUCUCCCCCUGGCUCACAGGCCGACCCGUGGGCCCCCUCCGCAUCAAUUUUCCCCUCAUUCGCAACUGGUUAAAGCAUUGCAAAAACAAUCACAGCUGCACAUCGCGCUGGUCGCGACCCUCAGACCUCCACUUGAUUGAUUGCAAGUCGCUCGACAUUGUCACCGCCCCGCCAAAUUGCAACUACUUUGCCUUGAGCUACGUAUGGGGAAAAAAAGGAUCAGAGUCCACCCCAGCUCCCGCAUCUUCGCAACGCCCAACCCCCAGCACCCGCGAUCUUCUUCGCGCCGCCGCCCCUGUCGUUCGCGACGCCAUCAAAGUCGUCCAAAGUCUUGGCUCAAGGUACCUAUGGGUCGACCAGUACUGCAUCCCCCAGACGGACCCCAUGCUCAAGGCCGAACAGAUUGCGAAAAUGGAUCUGAUCUACGAAGGCGCAUACUGCACUAUCGUCGCCGCCUCGGGGUCCAGCGACCAAGCCGGGCUCCAUGGAGUCAGCAUUGCGCGGUACGCGCAACCCUCCUUCACGCUGGAUGGCUACGACGUGCGUCUCGUUUCUUCUUUACCAGACCCGCAGGCCGCGAUAAAGGCUUCGACGUGGAUGACGCGGGCUUGGACCUAUCAGGAAGCACUCUGUUCAGCGCGUCGCCUCGUCUUUAACCCGCAUCAGGUCUACUUUGAAUGCAAAUCCAUGCACAGUUGCGAAGCGGUCGAGCUCCCGCUUUCCCUGCUCUCGGGCCAGCAUGCCAGUCCUGUCCUCUUCAGCGAUGAGUGGCUCGCAGGCACGCAUCGCUUCGGUGCCCUGAGCGCUUUCUGGGCCGUCGUAAAAGCGUACUCGCUGCGUUGCAUGACGUUCGAUUCUGACUCUCUUGCGGCGCUCGAGGGCAUCCUGCGAAGAUUCCAGGCCAGUCCCGCAUUUGUGUACAACAUCUUUGGCAUACCAUUGGUCCUGGAAGACGGGCCCAAAGGGAAUAAGGACGCGCUGCUCGACGCCCGGCUCUUCGUUGCGGGACUGUCCUGGCACCAUGGCGGCAUGGCGCGGCGGAGGAAGCAGUUUCCCAGCUGGACGUGGGCGGGAUGGGAGGGCGGCGUACAAUUGCAGCGCACGUUCGGGCGUGAGGGGUACAUGAGUGAUGUGCGGCUGUGGGUGCAUGGUGCGGACGAUGUGACGUCCCCGUGGGAUUUGUUCUGGGAAGGUUUCUGGGGGCCUGCUGGGAAGGCGAAAUGCUAUGCGCGGUUCGUGUGCUUGAUCAUCGAGGCAGACGUGUUCAAAGUGCAGCUUGUGCCGAGGGUGUACCCGCAAAGUCCGAGUGCGGUAACGGCGGCGAAGAGUGCCAUCUGCGAUAUGGUGAGCCCGUACGACUCAACCGUCAAGUAUUCAUCCGUCAUGUUGCCGGUAGGUUUGGUGAACGAGACCAAGAUUGCGACGGAGCUUUGGGAUUGUGUGAUGCUGGGAGCAAAAUCCAAGGGCGGGAAUCCGGAUAUCAUGCUCCUUCGGUGGGACGUUGAUGUCGCGGAGAGGAUAUGGGUGGGCACACUUUGGUCUCAGAAGAGCCAUGAAAAACUGUCGAGGGCUGAUUUUCCGCCUUGCUUGAGAAAGAAAUUCAAAUUGGGUUAG